AGCAUUCUUUUCAUUGACGUACAAUCCUUUACCGAUUCAAGUCCAACCGCUGGUAUUGCGAUAUCGUGAUGGAGAAUUCACGGAAAUGUUUAAUUUUGAAAUCAAUCGUUUUUUGGACGACAUUAAUUUUUAACUGUUUGAUAGUUGACAGUUCCCCAACUCGGUCUAUCCUUUUGAAUUCGACCAAAAGUUACGACACGCAAGCGGCCAUGUGGACUUUUGAUUUCAAUUUUGGCCUUGUCUCAAACACAAGUAAAUCGCCCGUAAUACUUCGCGUCAUUUUGGAACUACUAGAUCAAGAUUUAAAUAACACGUCUUCGCUAUUUGCCGUCAGUUCAAAGGAACGAUUUCAACACAUCAGAAUAAUCGGCCGAAACAAUUCCGACCAAGCCAAUGUGUCAGUCAACUUUGACCAUGUCUACAGCGGGCACUACAAACUCAAAGUGGAAGAGUGUUGGAGUCGAUUCAGUUGUUUUCAAACUAUUCACGAAUCUGAUCUUGGUGUUGUUAGUACCGAUCUUACAAACAUUGAUGUUGCUAGGAUGAACAUUAGCAUUAGGACCACACCUACUGAAAUUGGAGGAAUGGACGUUUCAUUUGCCGUCCUAUAUUUUAACGUCUCAAACGCAUUCCUGCCGUUUGAGGAAUUUAUGGUUUCGCUCAUUUCUGUUGACGGCGUUCAAUCGUUUAGUCGAAGAGUGAUUGGCGAAACUAAAGCGGAAUUUCGUUCGUGUAGGAACAACAACGACUCAAGCGUUUCCACCGAUUGCUAUCAACUUGUCAACGGACAAUACAUUACGAGGAUUGAUCCUAUCGAUUCGAGAUGCAAUUAUCAGAAACAAGUUGUCGCUUCUAUUAAACGACCUUGCAGGCGAUACAUUUUUACGAAUAUUACCGUCAUUCCAAAUCGCCUUAGAAGAGAGGGGAAAAAUGCGCUGGAAGACAACAGCAGUUUAUUUCAACCGAUUGUUAAUAAUUCAGAAGCCACCGUUACACAUUAUAACUGUUCGAUCGUUUGUCAAGUUUUGAAUUUUAUUAUUCGCAUUUUUUGAUUUUAUGGAUGUUUUUUUUAAAUUUCCGUGGUCCUGUGGCCCAAUGGAUAAGGCGCUUGCCUACGGAGCAAGAGAUUCCAGGUUCGAUCCCUGGCAGGAUCGUAAUUUCAAUAAAAUAGGACAAUUCAUUUUGUUUUUCAACCACCGUAAAAAUUAUACGUCAUUACAAAAUUAUUUUGAACUAAACAAA